AUGCAGAGGAAGCCAAAAGAGAACCAGAAACAAACCAAGAAGUCGGGAAAGUCCAAGAAGAAGAAGAAGAAGAAGAUGAAGAAGGAUGAAAACAAUAAGGAGUCGGCUGUGCAGGACAACUUGCUGAUUCUAAAUCCAAGAGCACCGAAGAUAAUGCGAACCUACGCAAGUAGUAGUAGUAGCAGUGAUGAUGGAAGUGAUGAUGACCUCCCGAUGACUGGUAUGGUGCUGAAAGAAGAUCACGUGAACAGGCCGAACUCGUGGAUGUUGGACUGCGGUAGUGCGACGCACGUCUGUGUGGAUCGAGACCUGUAUUCGAGUGUGAAGAAGUCUAAGGCUGUAUUCAAAGUCUGGACUGGAGAACUAACCAAGGGCGUGAUGUGCAGCUCUGUUACGUUGUGUGUUCCGGAUGAAAAUGUGAGUGGCAAGUCGUGCGAAGUUGAACUGAAAGAGUUCAGUUCUCUCCGGCUGGAACAGUGA